GAGAUGGUGGCUGCAGCAAGUCAGGUUUGAAGUUCUUCCGGUAAUAUGAUUUGCUGAUUUCAGUCUCUCCUCACUUGAACCUGUUUCCAAUUUAUUGUAAGUUUAGUUUCACCUAAUCGUCGGUUUAGAUGAGAUGUUGUAUGCUGCAAUCGCUAAGUUUUAAAGAACAUGAAUAUCCCCAUUUCCAUGGAUGCAUUUACCAACUUAGAUGCUGUGGAUGAAACAAUAUCCGUUGAAGUUAAAUCCUUCUUCGACUCAGCACCUCUUCUGAAGGAUGCUGACAACAUAAGCAGAAAGUUAACCCAAUUUAUCGAUCACAACGCUUCUUUAUCAGGAAGCAAGGGAUCAAGAAAGGUUGUAUGUGUCACAUCUGGUGGUACCACUGUUCCUCUAGAGCAACGCUGUGUGCGGUAUAUCGAUAACUUCAGCUCUGGGCACAGAGGAGCAACGUCUACUGAAUACUUUCUGAAAGCUGGAUAUUCGGUAAUCUUUCUCUAUAGGAGGGGUACCUGCCAGCCAUAUUGUAGAUCACUUCCGGAAGAUCUGCUACUUGAAUGUUUUGAGCUUACGGAUGAUUCAUGCAUACAAGUGCACGAGUCACAUUCCGAAGCAGUUAAGAGGGCGAUUCGCGGACAUCAUGCAGCUGUUUCAGGAGGCUUCUUGCUGAAACUUCCCUUCACAACCAUCUUUGAAUAUCUUCAGAUAUUAAAGUUGACUGCAAUGUCAAUGAAGAUCCUUGGGCCAAGUGCUAUGUUUUAUCUUGCGGCUGCUGUAUCUGAUUUCUAUGUUCCAUGGGAGAGCAUGGCGAUGCAUAAAAUCCAGUCUUCAUCUGGGCCAUUAGAUAUGCGGCUUGCCCAAGUCCCGAAGAUGCUUUUGGUUUUACGGAAAGAGUGGGCCCCGACGUCAUUCUGUAUAUCAUUUAAGUUAGAGACGGAUAAAGAAAUCCUCUUAGAAAAGGCCGAUAAAGCUCUUAAAAGGUACAAAAUGAAUGCUGUAGUGGCAAACGAGCUUUCAACUCGUAAAGAGGUCGUGAUACUUGUCACCGAUGGUGGAAAAGUCUCGGUAUAUCGUGAAAACGACCACGCAGAUGUCGAAUCUCCCCUGGUCAAGCUGCUCGUGGAGAAACAUUCAAGUUACAUAAAGGAGAUCAAUGCGUGAAUGCUGAAUAUGCAGAAGAUAUUUUGAAGAAGAUAAUAUGCAUCCCCCUUGAACCCUCAGGCUUGUAGCUUAGUUGGCAAAGGGGAAAAUACAUAACAGAUUCAAGUUCAAAUCCCAGGACAUGCGGGAUUGGUUGCCUUAGCCGCUGAGUCAACUCACGAAAUGCCUCCUCAUAUGUGGUGCCCAAGGGAUGGGUUCUGUAUGGGGCUGGUUGGGGUCGUUGGGAUUGAUUGAAUUGUUGUGUCGAAAUACAUAUUCCCCUUUCGGGUACUGCUUUUGGGGUUGAAGUACGUAUUGUUUCUCUACUUCGUGUCGAUUUUAUUUAGGGUCUUAUCAUUUUGCCGAAUCUGUUAUACUUGUAGAAAGAUAUAAAGAGUCUUGAUAAAACACUUUGAAGGGUUUCUUCUCAUGUUGUAUGAUCUCUUUAUAUUGCUAUGGAAGGAUCAACAUUUCAAGAGUUCAAUGAAGAAAGUGGUGUUUUUGAU